ACCAAACGCAGCCAUCUUCGUCUCUCUCGUUUCCCAUCUCUAAUCCUCCAAAACUCUUUUAUUUUGAUUUUCUCUGUUUAUAGAAUGAAUUAUUGGAAUGAUCCUCAGAAUCUAUAUACAUAUACACGAUCAAAGAAAACAGACAGCAUUAUGAUUUUUCCUCUCAAAUAUUUGUCAUCAAUCACCGUCUUGGAUCUAAACCGGCUGUGAACAUUCGUUAAGAUGGAUAACAAGACAUUUGGGUUUAAAGAUCCACAGAUCUUCUGGGGAGGGGGUUACAUCAACGAAGAUGGUUAUACUUUAUUCAGGUUUGAGACCCAGAGCGGAUUUGACUCCUUCUGGAAUGCAUUGAGGGCCUCUACAAGUCGUUUUGUGGGGAAUUACUUCCUCAACGCUGAGUUCGAAAAGGGUGAUGACAACUACCCAGACCAGCUUCUAUCAUGGCGGAAAGAUUUUGAAAUAUGGUCUGAAGCGCAUGUAAGGAGCUCAUUGAUUCGUGUGAUCAAUCGGCCCUACCCACUCAAGAGCAGUACGAGAUUAUGGAAAGGUGCGCAGCUGGCAUCCACGGUGCUGCUGGCUGGAGGGGUUGGAACCUGCAGGUAUCAUCUGCGGGAAGGGAAGCUUACGGGGAAUUAAUGGCAGUACUGAACCUAGAUAAGGCACGUCUUGGUGGUUGGUUUCGUGGAGCACCAGCAGAUCCCAGGAAAGAUAGAAAGUCAGUUGCUGAUGUCCUUUCACUAUUAGAUCAAUUGAUGGAAGAGUUUGUUGCAAUUCUCACAGCUGCUGAUGUUUGAUGAUAGGGUCA